UUUACCAGAGUGAAAGGGAGGGGGUGGAAGCAAAGUUGUCCAGUUCACGUGCAGACCACCCGGUUCUCACGCCAAGUAAAAAGUUGCAGGGUUUGACGACAAUAUUGUGAGAUUGUGUGAUUCCUGUCAACAAGAGAGAACAAGGCUUCCAUAGCACUAGCUGCUCUGCUAUACUGCUCUGAAUAACAGUUCCUUUCAGGAGUGUGGACCAGGAGAGUAGGAGAGAGAGCAGGGGGUCUAUCCAGUACCCAGACCCACAGCUCACAGACACACAGCGUGCAGUCCUGGAUAGUUGCUGACUCCCACGCCAUCCCGGGACACUGGAGGGAGGUCACAUUGUUUUAAUCUGACUCACAUAUCAGGCCGACCUGUGUAAGCCUUCCUGUUGGACAGUUCUGGUAACACUUUGUAAUAACUACACAAAAUGAAGCCUUUGUAGAUAAUUUGAUCAUUUUUAGUUCAUCAGGUCUGUAGUUUAUUAAACAUCAUUGUGUUCUAACAAUGUAUUGAUGAUGUUUUGUGAAUUAUUCACUAACUAUGAACAACUGCAUUAUAUUGUGUAACUAUUAAAGUAUUUUUAUAUAUAUAAGAGAUCAGUUAUGUUCUGAUCCAUGCAGGGGUCUGUAAUUGUUGCCAUGCUGUGUAAUUAAAUUGGAAUGACCUGCAUGAAUGCUGAACACAAGUAGCGUCUUCAGCUCAUGUGAUCGAGUGGUUGUGAAUAACAUCUGUCUCGCUCGGUUGGUAAUUAGACCCCAAACACAGAAAACCUUGUUUCAAGAUUAUUAGUAUGAGACAUAGGGGUUCAUAGUUCAUGCUGUGGCAGCACACAUGCCAUGUCAUCCACAUACAGAUUAUACAAAACAAACUCACAAUGCACAGAGGUUUUGUUUUCGAAGGGUUAGGUGCCAGUGUUAUGAGUCACAGAACUGUCUAUCAAAUUCAUGAUAAAUCCCAACAAUCUACAAUUUAAGAAACACUUGCACUUGUUUCUCAAAUGCCGACUAACACUUCUAAUGAUAUCCACAUACUAAGAUCCUGUAUGACCUUUCUGUUUACAUAACAAUCUUGGCAACACUUAACAUUAAGGCAAUUACCAUGUAACUAAAUACUGUACCAAUACCCAUGGCAACAACAGUGUAGUUGCAUAUGUAACUGAACAUAUUACCUGAUGAUAUGUAGUUACACUUCAUUGUGGUUUUGUGGUACAAGUUGUAAGGUAUGGGAGAUGUUGGGAUUUCUAUGAAUAAUAUAAUAACAACAACAACAUGGAUCUUGUUUUGGUAACAUAACCUUCAAAUUCCCCUUUACAACAUCCACUUACCCCUGAUACCCCUUCCAUCCCUCUUAUUUUGACUUAUUUCAUCUUUGUAAUAACCUACACACUAAAUACCAUUCAAUAAUAUGCCAACUCCCAUGUACCUUCAACAUGGUUACUGUAGGGUUUGCUAUGUAGUUACAUGUAACCUCAAUGUUGGUGUUAUGUGUAAUGUAAAAUCUCCAUCACAUGAUUUCUACAAGACCAUGUAGGACCCAUCUGCAGUGCUAUAGCUAGCCUGAGCAGACCACAGGCUUGAGCGGGUUGACUUGGCAUGAGGGGGGAGGUCACUGUGGUAUGGACAGAGAUCCGGCUCUGCAGAGCGCCUAUUUGAAUGUGUGUCUGUGAUAAGAAACGGCCAGUCAAAGCCUCACUUCCUCUGUUUGUUGAAGAGCUGAGGGGUCAGUGGAUGCAGAUGCCAGCCAGCAGGCGGAGGCAGGGCUUGUGGAGGACUCUCAGAGGGGAGGCAAUAGUCAGAGUCGACUCUCAGCAUGAGCUUGUUUGCAGUUCUGCAGAUGUUGUAGUGUGUGUCCAAUUCCCAAUACAAGCAUUUUCCUGGUCAGUUUGAGAAAAGAUCAACAGUAGCUAGACUGGAUUUCUCAGGCAUCAAUACAUUGCCUUUGGGUGCCUACAGGAAUUGGUCACCAGACAAUUCACUUGAUAGUGUGCUUUAUCAUGCUGUAUCGUGUUGAAUUGUAUCCUGAUGAAUCUGACUUUGAUUUACUUAAAGCAGAGAGUAUUUUCAGAGUACUGACAUAUUAUGUUUGGUCUUUUUUGGUUUGUUUACAUGCGUGUACAGUACUGUAUCAGUAAGUGCAUUAAGAUCUGUGCUUUCCUAUUUAACUGGACACACUGGGAGAGAUUACUGCACCAUAUCCUCUCUUCCUUUUCCAUGGAGACUAGCUGUCCCCCUCAAUCCCAUCUCCGGACAUCCUAACAUACUCUCAGCAUGGAGAACUUCUCUGCUGCGCCAUUUACCACCACCCCUCCUGCCCUGGCGCAAACAGAGGCCACACCAACUGUUACCACCGUGGACGACGGCUAUUUUGAUCCCAUACUAGGAGCGGUGAUUGCUGCAGUGGUGCUGGUGCUCCUGUGCUUGGCAGUGGUGCUGCUUCGCUACAUGUACCGACACAAGGGCACCUACCACACUAACGAGGCCAAGGGUACAGAGUUUGCCGAUACAGCGGACGCUGCUCUGCGUGGCGACCCAACACUGCACGGCGCCGUGGACCAGAGCAGGAAAGAAUACUUCAUCUGAGAGGAUAAGCCCUCACGCUGUAUCUAAUGGACUGCUCUCUCUGAACGUGUUAAAUGUUACGGGGGUGGAGGGUCAAAGCUGAAAGAGGGAGGACCCAGGGUCCUUGGUGUGUCUAGGUGAAGAAUAACCUUCAUCUUAAGAGCAUCUGCUUUGAAUGUUUCCUUGUGACUAAGUGACUAACCUGAAAAUUAUUUGCCCAAACAAAAUUACUAGUGGGGGACAUGUUCAAAUGCUAAAUGUGCCUGUGUCUUACUCUUGUACAGUACGCUUUACCAUAUGUUGUACUGUAAAAUACCAUAUAACUUAGGAAUUGCUCCAUAUUAGCCUGGUUGUAGGAAGCUGUGCUUGUCAUGUCUACAGACUCUCAUGUCAGUGAAUAUCUUCAGAUCCAGGAUCUAAACACCUACAGACACCUCUCAUCUUCCGAUAACAGGAAUAUGCAUGGAACAGAGACACACAUACAACAUUAGAAUCCUAAAUUCACAAAUACAUUUUUUGCAAAGACAAGUCUGUGAUGAUAGUUCUAAAAAAGGAAUUGAUGGUUUACCCUACAUUUUCACCACACUUACAAAGGUGACCAUGUUGGAGUAAAACAAAGACUGUUUGGAAGUCAGAAACACAGCAAAUAUGAGUAAAAAAAAUGAAUGUACAGCAUACAAUCAGCCUUUUCUGAAAGGAUCAAAUGUUGAAGAGAGAUUAGAAGAAAAGUCCCAGAAGAAAAAAUAGGCAUACAUUUAUCAUGCCCAGAGGAGGCAUCUCAUACAAUGCCACUAUGCAACAUUGUGCAUUUAUAAUAAAAAUAUACAUCAAUAGUCUUGUAGCCACACUGUCACUGUGUUUGUAAAUUACCAUUUGUGUUUUCUAUGUAAUAUGGUAUGUUUGGGUGAAGGACAAAGAGAUGAACGAGGGAACAUCUUCUAGAGGAUUAUUCAGGGGUGAUGAUCUGAUCUUAUUGGAAUAGCAGUGAAUUGUCAAGUAAACUGUGCUGAUGUAUUUGGCAGUUGGUCAACCUCACUAGUGGUGAACAGCUCUAAACAUGCUGGGCUUUCAUGCUGCUGGUCGACCACACAGCAUAUCAAAUCGAAUUACAACAGGAGUUGCAUGAUUUUAUGAAUCCAGUAUCUGAUAAUGGUUUGAAAUUAAGGGUAUUCCUGCACUUACCAUUUUUGGAUAGUUUUUUAUCAUUUAAUACUUUUUUGACAGAGCCUGAGGGUUCUGGGGAAAAGUCUUGUGAUUGGUUUAUUUAUUAGCCAAGGCCAGAAUCUUGAAAUGUGUUUAUGGUGUGUAUGUGUUUUGCUCAUAUCUUAUAUAUAUACAGACUGAUUGAAUUAAAUCAAGUCACCAUUUAUAAUGGAUAACUGCCUGGACUCAUGGGGCAAUGACAACAACAAUUAUUUGACUGUGUGUUCCUUCUCAAACAAUACCAAGCCAACUGUGAGUACCUUGUUCUUAUCUGUAUCAUUAACUUAAUGGUGGAAUAAAUGGACAGUGAAACUGAAAUUCUCAGAGCUCCAAAUUACAUCUAUUCUCCCCAAUCUCUGUAACCACCCUCAGUCACCACAGAGGAAUGUGAAGACUUUGAGAGAUUUUCUUUAUCUUUAGGGUUGCUCGAGAAGAUAUGGAAGAGAUACAAAAUAUGCGCUGUGGAUUCAAACCAAGCCUGAGCAAAACAAAAACAGCUCCUCUGCUUUGAUAACAGGUGCUGACAAAGGUGAUGAACUGUCUGCAAACAACCUUUUGGUGUAAUUACUUAGGAAAUUUACAGAUCACACAUAAAAGGCUCAUAAACAAGCUCCUCAAUAUAUUGCAGUUCUUGUUUUUCUUUCUCCUUCCCUGGAAGAAAAGAGAAAGACUUAUCUCUAUAUUAGUACCACUCUUCAGUUCAUAAUGUACUAUUUAUCAGCAGUGACACUACACAGAAAAAUAAAGAUGUACACCAUUUUUUACAAAUUGA